AUGCCACUUUCCAUGCUGCAGCCGCCGAACACGCACCGUACCGGCACCGCCGCCGACCCUGCAGCCGAACACGCACCGUACCGGCGCCGCCGCCGACCCCAGCCGAACACGCACCGAACCGGCGCCGCCGCCGACCCCAGCCGAACACGCACCGUACCGGCACCGCCGCCGACCCUGCAGCCGAACACGCACCGUACCGGCGCCGCCGCCGACCCUGCAGCCGAACACGCACCGUACCGGCACCGCCGCCGACCCUGCAGCCGAACACGCACCGUACCGGCACCGCCGCCGACCCUGCAGCCGAACACGCACCGUACCGGCGCCGCCGCCGACCCCAGCCGAACACGCACCGAACCGGCGCCGCCGCCGACCCUGCAGCCGAACACGCACCGAACCACUCUCGCCCGCGUGCAAAGCCGAAACGGCGCCAUCCGCCCGUUCAUGCAGACGUGA